CCCCAAAAAAAAAAUCCUCGUCUCGCCACUCACAUCGCUGUCCGGAUCCACUUGGCGCUCGCCGCCUCCCGCUGCACUCCACCUCGAUUCCCCACAUACACACACACACACGUAUAUAUGCACGCAUGCAUUCACACUCUCUUCCACUCUCUGCCUUCCCGGUGCAGACUUGUCAAGAAGAGCAGAUGCGACCCAAGGAGCGGCUCUUUUCUUUCUUUUUUUAGAAAACAAAAAGGGGGGGUGGAAAAACUCAAGCCAUGUUGCCGGAACGGCUCGCUUUUUGCCGCCCGUCCAGAGUGGGAACAUUCGGCUGGGAUUUGAGCAGCAAUGAUUUUCGCUCUCGCCACUGAAGGGAUGCUCAGUUCGGAGCAGGAAUAUUUCAACAGAUUUAAGGAAGACUGGAUGUCAGGGAAUUAACAAAUCCCCCCCCCCCCCCCCCUGGACUUUUUCAACAAGUCAACUCGAGACAAACAAAAAACAACAACGACAAAAAAAACCCGACGCAAAUACGCAUCGUCGCACCAGCCAGUUGUUGGCAUCUGACUCGGAGCGAUGACUCCGGGAGGCGAGCGGCGGCGGACGACGGAGGAGUCGUAAUGAUCAUGCGGCCCCCGAGAGGAUGAUCAGCUCAGCGGCGGCCCGCUUGGAUCGCUCAGCCGCCUCGUCUCAGGUGAUCAGGGAAAGCCCGCCGGACGCCGAGUCAGCACACUCGCACGCUGAGAUGACCCAAGAACAGUGCAGUCAUAGGAACAAUGUCCAGAGUUCAGAGCAAGCGCAAGUGUACAAAGUGGGAAUCUACGGCUGGAGGAAACGCUGCCUUUACUUCUUCGUCCUGCUGAUGAUGAUCCUCAUCCUGGUCAACUUGGGGCUCACCAUCUGGAUCCUCAAAGUCAUGAACUUUACCAUCGACGGCAUGGGCAACCUGAGAAUAACAGCGCAGGGCCUCAAGCUGGAAGGGGACUCGGAGUUCCUUCAGCCUCUCUAUGCCAAAGAAAUCCAGUCCAAACCGGGUCGCCCCCUGUACCUGCAGUCGUCCCGAAACAUAUCGGUGAACAUCGUCAACAGCAACAACCAGCUGCUCACGCAACUCGUAACAGGAUCCAGCGGGUUCAAAGCGCAAGGCAAAAUGUUCGAGGUCAAAUCCACAUCCGGCAAACUCCUCUUCUCGGCCGAUGAGCAGGAAGUGGUGGUGGGCGCCGAGAGGCUGCGGGUGAUGGGCGCCCAGGGAGCCGUGUUCAGCAAGUCGGUGGAGACGCCGCACGUCCGGGCCGAGCCCUUCAAGGAGCUGCGACUGGAAUCGCCCACCCGCUCCCUGCUCAUGGAGGCCCCCAAAGGCAUCCAGAUCCUGGCCGAGGCCGGCGACAUCCAAGCCAUCUGUAGGAACGAGCUGCGACUGGAGUCCAAAGACGGAGAGAUCUCCCUGGACGCCCGGCGCAUCCGCCUGACGCGCCUACCGGAGGGGAAGGCGUCGGCCGGCGCCUCGGCAUCCGGCAGCAGGCAGACGGUCUACGAGGUUUGCGUUUGCCCCAACGGGAGACUUUUCCUCUCGCAGGCCGGCACCGGCUCCACCUGCCAAAUCAGCAACAACGUCUGCCUCUAGGACUACCGAGCGCCACCUUAAGGCGGAACAGGACUGAUCUUUGAGGCCCCUGAUCCGUAUUUUUCUAAAUUAGAGAGGGGGAGGGGAAGGGGGGGGGCACUGUAUUUAUUAUGUGAUCUUCCGUCACUUUCUAUGUAAGGGAAUUUAAUCCGCUAUUCUAACUGAGACUUUUUUCUUUUGAUGUGCACUGAUCUGGACGGAGUCGCGCCUUUGGGAAUAUCAAAGAGGAAUAAUUGCUUUGAAAUGGCGCGACCCAAAACUGCCACGCACACCAUUUUAUCAAAGGUGAGAGACGCUGCUGAUUCGAUGGAAGAACCGCUCGGUGGAUCGCCAAGCCCCGCCCACUCUCCCGUCACUCAUCUUCUCCCCUGGAAUAUUUUAUUUUAUUUUUGCGUGGACUGUGCAACUGACGCCCUCGUGGAAAUCUCUGACCCCAAAUGUUCUUUUUCAUGUUCUCCAAACAGUUUGCGAUUUAAUGGCAGAAACCGAAAGCAUCCGCCUUAAAGCACUUCACCAUGCUGGAUGCGCACUCAGGAGAAAAAAGUCGACGGCGGUCGCAAAAAAAGAUUCUCGCUCCAAAAGGAAGACCGUCGAGAGCGCUUUGAAAUCAAAAAGAGCCCGCAUCCAAGCGUCACAUGAUGCUUGGAUGCAGUGGGGGGAGUUUUGUGUCUGAAAAAAAAAAGGAGGGUGGGGGGAAUUCAGAAUUCGAGAGACGGCUGAAAAUUUCCCAAGAUUUGACAUGAGAGGACUUCAUGAGUAUGAAUUGGCGACAUUCAUUUUGGUUCCAAAAUGGCAACUCGGCAAAUGCACGCACCUACCCCCCCAACCCCCCCACACAAACACCUCUCAAAUUUGGAUUUCAAUGAGGUCGACGUUUGGUCACUCCAAAUUGGAAGCGGCAACCCCCCCCCGAUAUCUUCCCCAUCCUGACGCAGAAGAAAUAAAUCGUUUGAAUUCAAAGUCAAAAGAAAAGCAGAGAGCCUGAGGAAUUUUCAUCGCGCGCGUGCCCACCCAAUGUUCCGGCGAAUUCCAACGCUACGGGCGACACUCGAGCUGGCUCCGGACAACAUUUCCGAUCAAAAUUUUAAAAAAAAAUGUCAUUGACCUGACUGUGAAAUCCACAUCUCUCGUGCCAAAAUGUCCCCAUUUGUUUGUUUUUUUUUCCUUUGUGCCACCAUCCCGGCUCCCGAGGGCUCAUUUUGUGGAGAUUGUUUGGACUGCGAUGUGGUCGACAGCUGCGGUCACCCCCCCCCCCCCCACUCCCCUACCCCCUUCUUGUUUCUUGCACAUUUCGUUUGAGGAGGAAGUGCGCCUGUGCCUUACACUCGUGGCAAAAAGAAGCACAUCAUCAUCACCGUCGUCGUUCGUCGUCGUCAACGCAACACGGCCUCCAUUUUGCCGCCUUUUUCUCCCAUCUGAAUGCAAAGACCGAUUCUUUCAUUUUUUUUUUUUUUUUUGUGAUCAUACCCGUGUGACGCCUUUUGAGUGCAAUGGUUUUUGCGCCGGUGCGUGCGUGUGCACGCGUGGUCGAAGGCCUUUGCAUUCCUACCUUCAGUGUGCCGUGUGUUAAACGUGUGCUACUUUGACUUUUGACCUUUUGUUUUUGUUUUUUCUGCCCAAACACAAAGACAAGAAAAGAUGAUGGGAGGGGGGGGGGGGGGGGAGACGACGCUUGAAAUGAAAUCAGCUUGUUUUCUUUGGUCCUGAACUUGUCAAACAUGGAUUUUCUUUUUUUUUUUUUUUUUUUUUUUAAUGGUGCCCAAAAUAAAAGGCAUUGUUCAGCGUGCUCGCACUUGUUA